UACAAUUCUCUUCUCAAUUGAAUCCAAUACUUCUAUUUUUGGAAUAGUUCUUUCAAUGAUUGCUUUUGCUAUAUACAAAUUGCACAUGUAUGAUGUAUUUCGUGUUGCUAAAAUCACAAUUUCUAGUUUAUAAAUGUGGAUUUAGGUUUUUUUGGUUUGUGUAAGGAGGUAGCAAAAUAAUUGACCUAUGUAUACUAGAAGUACUGUUUGAGGUGAACUUACAAUAAUUUGAUUUUUUUGUUAUUGUUACCUCCAUUUUGGUAAUUUAACAAAUGAAGAGGGUUGUGGCUGGUAUUUAAGUAUUUUGGAGAAGGUUGGGUGGUGGAGGAAGGGUUUUAAGCUAGUUUAUAUAGUCCACUUGGCGGCGAAGAAUCGAAGAUUUAAGAUGGGUUGCCUCUAAAGGGUUGAAGAAAGGAUGUUUAUAGAGUGAUCAAGUUUGGUUUAUGGAAAAUAUGUGCAACUUCCAAUAUGUCCUGUUGUUUCUUUGCUUGUUUGAUGUGAAUGUACUGAUAUGCUUAUUUGGGUAGGAAAGAUGAUUCACUAGGAUAAAGUUGAAGAAGAAAUAUUCAAGAAUCAUUGGUUUCUGCUUAGGUUUUUGUGUAUGAGAAGUAAUAUAUAAUUGCUUCUUGCAUUUCUUACUACGUAUUAGACGAUAAGUUGAUGUACAAAGAAUGAAAUAAUGUACACUGAGCCUCUACGGAAAGGAAAUCUAGCUUCAAGGGGCGUUCUUUUACCGGUAGGCCGUGUUUGCCUUGUUCUGGCAGCAGAGCAAGUGCAUCACCUAGUCUAAGGGCAUGUUUGGUAUAAACUUAGGAAAGGAAAUGGAAAGAGAUAAAUAAGAAGGGGAAAGGGUGGUGUUAGUUAUUACCAAUAUUAGUUGUUUGGUUUACAUUAGGAAAUGAAUCACUUGUAACAAAUUGAGGAUGGUAACAAUGUUGUUACCAUAGGGUAGGGAGAGGUAACGAAUGGUGGUAAUGGUUACCCUUAGGAAAUGGAUUGUGUUACCACUCCUCAGUCCUCUCAUAACAAACAUUAGAUAAUGUAAAUAGUUAAUUGAUUCUAUUUCCAUCACUUAAAAACUCUACACCAAACAUGCUCUAAUUCUUUAUAUGAUGGAGAACGUGCAGAGUAGAGUAGGUUUUUCGGAAAGAUUGAAGAAAGAAUGAUUAUAAAAUGAUCAAAAUCCUCUUUACAUAUAAGGAUCUUCAAUCUACUAGCUAGGAAAUCUGCAAGUUUUAGCAUAUGAAGAAGAAAGGAGGGUUUAAAGGAUGGAGAAACUCUUAUACCUUAUUUAAGUGGUUUCUGGGACAUCAAAAUCAUGUUGUGCUUGGUUCUAAGUGAGGCAUAGUGAAUACAAUUUUGUUGCGUACUUACUACAUACUACAUUAUACUUUUCUCUUUAGUGGGAUAUUUCCAUAUAUUCCAACAACUUCCUGUCAAAAUCAUCAUAUUUGAACUACUUUCUCUUAAGUUUUAGAACAAACCAGGCUUAUAUUUUAAAUGGUCAUAUACAGAUGUAACGAGGAGCGUGGAACCAAAACAUCUAGUCUUACGUACCCCGUGCUAAUUUAAUCGAGCAUGUGCUUGGAAAUUACUGAUUUUUUUUUUUCUGAACUUCAUGCAUCAAUGAACUGUAGAGAAAUCCGAGGUUCAUUAUAAUGCAUGUGAAAGUUUGUCAUAAUAAUAUGAUGCAAAAGAGGAGAAAGGGAAUUAAGUUCAUGUGUAACCGGAGAAGGAAGUAGGACAGAGAUAUAUGUAGGUGGCUGGAAAUUUUACAACUUGCAUAUAUUAUGCUGUUUCAAACUUUUACCAAACAUUAAUCAAGCACAUGGAAAAGAGUAGGUCAUCCAUGAACUCUAACAUGAACCAAUCUGACCUUUCCCACUAGUAGGUCAACUAUUAUUAUUAUUAGUCCCACUACUCCAUUACCCUAUAAGUUUUCAUUAAACAAAUGUUAAUCUUGAUUAUUUUUACAUGGCUGAUAAGUUUUUCUCUUUUGCUUUUUGUGCCAUUCGAAUUUGGUCAGUUUAGAAGCCAUGUUUGAUCUUGGUCAGUUUUUACUUUCAUUACUACUCAUCCUUCUAUCUUAUAUUGUUUUACUCUAUAUCCACAAAUUCUUUACCCCGAGUAAUAAUAAUAAUAAUCUCCCUAAAUCCUACCCUAUAAUUGGUCAUUUAUUUGCUGCGAGCCAGCAAAAGGAUCGAUUCCAAUGGAUCACAAAACUCCUCAUUUCUUCCCCGACUUCCACCUUCAUUCUCCACCGUCCGUUCGGUGUUAAGAGUAUCCAAACCGCUGAUCCAACGGUCGUUGAACACAUCCUCAAAACACGUUUCGCUAUUUACCAAAAGGGCCCUUUUCAAAAGGGUGUUUUAAAGGACCUUUUAGGUGAUGGAAUAUUCAAUGCUGAUAAUGAAACUUGGAAGUUUCAAAGACAAGUUGCUAGCUAUGAAUUCAACACCAAAUCUUUGCGAAAAUUCGUGGAGAAUGUCGUUGAAUCCGAGCUCUCGAACCGGCUUUUGCCUAUGUUAUCGGAGGCUGCAAAAAAUGGGACAGUUCUUGAUCUCCAAAACAUACUUCAGAGGUUUGCUUUUGACAAUAUUUGCAAGAUAGCUUUUGGGUAUGACCCUGAAUAUUUACUACCUUCUUUACCAGAAGCUAAAUUUGCAGUAGCAUUUGAAGAAGCUGUAACAAUCAGUACAAAAAGAUUCCAAGCUUUUUUCCCUAUUCUGUCAAAAAUUGGUAAAUUUCUGAAUAUUGGGUCUGAAAAAAGGCUCAAAAAAGCUGUUUUGGAGAUCCGGGAAUUCGCUAAUUCCCUUGUUAGGAAGAAGAAACAGGAAAUGAUGAAAAAUUCAGAGGAUACUUCACAAGAAACAGAGGAUUUGUUAUCAAGGUUCUUAAAAUCUGGACUUUCGGAUGAGAAAUUUGUGACUGACAUUGUUAUCAGCUUCAUUCUUGCAGGAAGAGACACCACAUCAGCAGCUUUAACAUGGUUUUUCUGGCUUUUGCAUAAGAACAAAUCAGUUGAAGAAGAGAUACUAAAAGAGAUAAAACACAAGGGAAAACAGAGGAAACAGAGGAAAGAAAAAUCAUCUGUGUUUGAAGAAGUUAAAGACAUGGUUUAUAUCCAUGCUGCUUUGUGUGAGAGCAUGCGGCUGUACCCACCGGUAGCGGUUGACCUCAAAGAAGCUGCGGCCAAUGACGUGUUGCCAGGUGGAAUACCGGUGAAAAAGGGUACGAGGGUGAGUUACCACCCUUAUGCUAUGGGGAGGUUGGAGAAGCUGUGGGGCCCGCAUUGGGCCGAGUAUCGGCCCGAGCGGUGGCUGGAAUUGGAGGGGAAAAGAAGUGUAGUAGUAGGAGAAGGAGAUAGGAAAUGGAGGUUUGUGGCCCGUGACCCGUAUUCUUACCCGGUAUUUCAAGCCGGGCCACGGGUUUGCCUUGGUAAGGAGAUGGCGUUCUUGCAGAUGAAGAGGGUGGUAGCUGGUGUGUUGGAGAGGUUUCGGGUGGUUCCGGUGGUGGAAGACGGGUUUGAGCCGGUUUAUGUUCCUCAAUUGACGGCGAAGAUGCGUGGUGGUUUGCCGGUAAGGAUUGAAGAAAGAACGGGGAAUUCGAGUGAUUAAACUGAUAAGGUUUCAAUUGUGUAAAAAUAUGUGCAACUUUUUAGCAAGAAUCUGGGUUAAUUAAAUUGUAAAGUACAAAUUGCAUGAAGUUUAGUUAUGGAAAUGCAAAUUUUGUGUCAUUCUGAAUAA